CAAGAUGGCGGCGCUGACGGGCGGACAGCGGCCGCGCCGGGGGCCGCGGGGGCCGCAGCGGAGCUGCAGCGGCUGAGGCCCCCGAGCGCAGCUCAAGGCCGCGCCCGCCGCUGGAACCCCGCCUGUGGCCGCACCGGCUCCGGCCUCGGGGGAGCCGGGACAUGGUGCGAGGCGCGCCGCGCCGUCGCCGCCGCUGAACUCGCGGGCCGCGCCCGGCUCGGACGUCCAGCGGGAAGAUGUUCUCCGCGCUGAAGAAGCUGGUGGGAUCGGAGCAGGCCCCGGGCCGGGACAAGAACAUCCCCGCCGGACUGCAGUCCAUGAACCAGGCGCUGCAGAGGCGCUUCGCCAAGGGCGUGCAGUACAACAUGAAGAUAGUGAUCCGAGGAGACAGGAAUACGGGCAAGACUGCUCUGUGGCACCGGCUGCAGGGCAAGAAGUUCGUGGAGGAGUACAUCCCCACGCAGGAGAUCCAGGUCACCAGCAUCCACUGGAACUACAAGACCACUGAUGAUGUGGUGAAAGUCGAAGUCUGGGAUGUCGUUGACAAAGGAAAAUGCAAAAAGCGAGGUGACGGCUUGAAGACAGAGAAUGAUCCCCAGGAGGCGGAGUCUGAAAUGGCCCUGGAUGCCGAAUUCCUGGACGUGUACAAGAACUGUAACGGGGUGGUCAUGAUGUUUGACAUCACCAAGCAGUGGACCUUCAACUACGUCCUCCGGGAGCUUCCCAAAGUGCCAACCCACGUGCCGGUGUGUGUGCUGGGCAACUACCGAGACAUGGGUGAGCACCGAGUCAUCCUGCCGGACGAUGUGCGAGACUUCAUCGACCACCUGGACAGGCCUCCAGGCUCCUCCUAUUUCCGCUAUGCAGAGUCUUCCAUGAAGAACAGCUUCGGACUCAAGUACCUGCACAAGUUCUUCAACAUCCCAUUUUUACAGCUGCAGAGGGAGACGCUGCUGCGGCAGCUGGAGACGAACCAGCUGGAUAUUGAUGCCACGCUGGAGGAGCUGUCAGUGCAACAGGAGACCGAGGACCAGAAUUAUGGCAUCUUCCUUGAGAUGAUGGAGGCUCGAAGCCGCGGUCACGCAUCCCCUCUGGCAGCCAAUGGGCAGAGCCCAUCCUCAGGCUCCCAGUCGCCGAUUGUGCCUCCAAGUGCUGUGUCCACAGGGAGCUCUAGCCCCAGCACACCCCAGCCCGCGCCCCAGCUGCCCCCCAGCACCUCCUCAGCCUGCCCCCCUGUGCUACCCAUAUCCUCUGCACCCUCCUCCGAAGCCCCGCCCCUUCCUGCACACCCCUCUAUCCCUGCCCAACCCCCACCCCAGCGACGCAGCAUCAUCUCCCGGCUAUUUGGUACCUCGGCAGCUGCAGAUGUGGCCCCUUCACCUCCAGAACCUGCCCCAGCCGUAGAAGUCCCAGCAAGAGUCCAGAAUGUUGAGGACUUUGUUCCUGAAGACAGGCUGGAUCGAAGCUUCCUGGAAGACACAGUCCUGCCCAGGAGUGAGAAUGGUGGUGCAGGCCCACAGCAGGACAGCGACAGUGACGGGGAGGCCUUAGGAGGGAACCCGAUGGUAGCAGGUUUCCAAGACGAUGUGGAUCUUGAAGACCAGCCCCGUGGCAAACCCCUGCUGCCCUCUGGCCCCAUCCCCAGCACACACAUCAGUCUUUCGAGUGAGGAGGAAGCAGAGGAGGUGGCAGGUCACUCCAGAAGUGCUGCCCUGCCUCCCCAGCAGUGCUCACAGCCAGAGCCAAAACGGUCAUCCAAGGCUUCAUGGCCACAGAAGACAGCAGUUCCCACACAAGCAACAGCGCCCUCCUGGCCAGGCGGGCUUCCCACUAGCUCUGGGCCUGAGAAGCUCAGCAGCACGAAGCCACCCAAACUCGCCACCAAGGGCUCCUCUCGCAGACCUGGAGAUGGUAAAGAUGGGCAGGUGUCGUCCUCAGAGAGUGAUCCUGAGGGGCCCAUUGCUGCCCAGAUGCUGUCUUUCGUCAUGGACGACCCUGACUUUGAGAGCGAAGAGUCGGACACUCAGCGAAAAUUGGAUGAGCUCCCUGUGAGAGAAGACCCCUCUGACGUGACUGACGAGGACACCAGCCCGGCCCAGACACUCCCACCACCCAGGCCUCCUGUGCCCUCCUUCAGAAUGAAGAACGAUGCCGAUCUCUUUGGGCUGGGGCUGGACGAGACAGGACCCAAGGAGAGCAGUGAGGAAGACAAAGAUGGCAGGCCGCUCACCAAGGAGAAGAAGAAGAAGAAGAAGAAGAGCAGAGAGGAGGAAGAAAAGGCCGCAAAGAAGAAGAGCAAACAUAAGAAGAGCAAGGACAAGGAGGAGGGCAAGGAGGAGCGGAGGAAGAGGAGGAAGCCCCCUCGAAGCACCACCGAGCUAGAGGCCUUCCUGGGGGGCGGGGCCCCAGGCCGGCACCCUGGGGGUGGAGACUAUGAGGAGCUGUAGCCUGCACCACUGUUCUGGGAAAGGACCACCCUACCGCGUGUCCCAGCCAUCGCCUUUGCCCCAUGUGGCCUGGCCCAGCACGCUCUGCACUUGCUUCCUUGCUGGAGGAGGCCCAGGGCCAGGCCUUGGUGGCCAGAGGCCUCUGGCCAGGCGCCACAGGUGCUGGGCCUCAGGCCAGCAUGAGCCUGCUCUACAAGGAGGGAGGGGACAGCUGGGCUGCAGCUGGCUUGGUGGAUGACCUGGUCCUCUCCAGGAAGAGCCACAGCCAGUCCCCAGCGUUUCUCAGGGAAGUGACUGAGGCAGAGGAGGGACCCGCAAGGGUCUGUUUUCAGAGGCAGGGCAUGGGGCUGCUCUGCUUCUCAGAUGUCCACCACCCAGCCCUGCUCCUGCUUGCCCUCCCAAGUUCUCCAGGGCCACAGCAUGCCAAUGGGUUCUGCUUCCUGUCGCAAGCCUUGGGCUGUGGAUUAUCCCUUCCCAUGGACCCUGAGCACAGGUGCACACUCAUGGGAGAGUGGCACACCCACCUUGCAGGGUGAGGCCUGUCCUGGGAGAGGGUGGGCGCAGCUGCACCUCUGCGCAGGUGAGCCAGGCUGGAGCUGGAGGCACCUUUCAGACACUCCACUCAGACUAUAAAGCUCUGGUUUUACCACCGCG